AAUACAGCCGGGACAUAUCGGCGCUCUUUUCAAACGUCUCCACGGAAACGUUUAACAUUGACUGGUUGUACUGUUUCGAUGCCUUGUACCACAGGAUAAGAUUUAACGCAACGUAUACAGGAAGAAUGUUUCUUAAAAAGUAGCAUGUGCGCAGUGCUCGUGAAGUUGCGUUGCCAAGUAGCAUCUGUCUGACGCAGACAUGAGUCGCAAUGCUGAGAGGAAGUACGUCAAUUUGAGGAGACGUCUCGACCAGCUGGGUUACAGACAACCGCUGGCUAUCGAGUCUUUGCCACUGGUUGAGAAACUAUUCAGUGAUCUUGUCCACACAACUGAAAGCCUUCGCAAUGCAAAACAGUCUGCUGGAAAGCUUGAUCAAGAAAGUCAAAAUGCAGAUGCUCUUCUGGAACCAUUUAGGGCAGAGAACGCCCGACUGGUCAGAGAAAACAAUGACCUGCACCUUCAAUUACUCAGACUUAAAGAGGAUAACGACAGAGUUACCAAAGAACUUAAAACUCAUAUCCGUCAACUGGACCAUGAGGCAUCUGACCUGAAGUUUUUAAAUAAUCAGUAUGCCCAUAAGGUCAGAUGCUUAGAAAAGGACACCAAAGCUAAGGCUGAUCGUAUCCUGCAGCUUCAGGAGAAGAACUUGCAGGCCGUGGUGCAGACGCCUGGUGGAAAAAAGCACAGCAUUCCCUUUAGACGUCAGAGAAUGCAGAUUGAUGAACUUGUUCCACCUCCUUCUACUUCGUCUUAUCCUGUGUCACAGCCUGACAAUCCUUAUGUGGCGGACUUGUUGCUGCUGGCUGAUGGAAGGAUUGUUGAGCUCCAGGAAGAUAUCCUUAAACUGAAAUUAGACCUGGAGAGGGCGCAGGACUGUAUAAAUCAUAGGGACAAUCAGGUGGAGGAGCGUGAGAAGGAAAUUGAGCGUCUGAAUCGUGCUCUUCAUGGAGGACGGCCUCAGGAUGUGAUUUCUCUGGAGGCUCAGAACUUGAACAAUGAGAAGAUGAUUGCUCACCUAAACCUUCAGAUGGGGUACCUUCAAGAGACCAACAGCACACUAGAGAAGCAGAUAGAAAAACUACAACAGAAGAAAAGGAACAGCUUCUCUGAAGUUGCUGAUUUAUCUUUGAAGAACAUGGAGCUGUGUGAGGAACUGACGCAAAUUGAUCACCUUGCAAAAAAACUGGAAAUAGACAAAGAGAGAGCAUUACAAAUGGCAGAUGUUGAAUUGCAACAAGCAAAAAGAGAGAUCAAACAGCAACAGAAGAGCAUUGAAGGCUUGGAGGAUGUUAUCACUAAUAUGAGAAAAAGGCAGAAGGAUCAUGAUGCUGAAAGAGACCAACUCAGAGUCCAAUUGUCGCAGCUGAAAGAGCAGAAUGAAAAGAUGGAGGGGCUGAUAGAUUUCCAAGAAGAAGAAAAAGGCAGGCUACAGGGCAAAAUGGAGAAAAUGAUUAUAGCUGAGAAGAACUUGGUGCAGGAGGUGGAGGCCAUGCGGUUGAAGCAUGGGUUGUGUGGAUGUCAGCGAUCUCCAUCUCACGUAAAAGCUUUUAGUCCGAAAGAUGAGAGGAAUCACUUUCGCAAAGAGUCUGAGCACUACAAACAGACCGGAGAGACAGAUGGCCAGGACUCAAGCCCCAGUCAUAGUCCAAGGAAAGGCAAGAGUCCUGGCUCCAGAGGUGGCAAAGCGGCUUCAUCAUCGCCGGAUCUCCUGCGUGUGCUGACCGAAAGAGAUAAGCUUCGUUCUGCCCUGAAGGCCUUAGAGGAGGACAUGGUGCAACUACAGAGCACUGCACGCGCAUUAUCGGCCGAACGGGACCAAUACAGAGAUUUACUACAGCAGGCUCAGAGGGGACAGAAUAACUCUGUGGUGUUUGCUGAGCUUUCUCAACUGACAGCGGACUUCAGAGAAGCAGAAAACAAAAUAAUGCUGCUCACGGCAGAAAGAGAUAGUUUGCUGGAGCAGUUAAAGGUGGCCCAGAUCCCAGGCUACAACGAGAGAGAAGGAGGGGAACUGAGGAGCCGUGAGAAUAUUAUCAGAAGAUACGAGCAGGAGAUAUUGGACCUACAAAUGCACGUGGAUCUGCUGAAAGAGGGGAAGGAAGCUGUGGAGCUGGAGCUUGAGGUCAAGUCCACUGCUCUGAUGCAGAAUGCAGAGGAGAUGGCUCAGCUGAAAGCUGAGUCCAGUGCCUUAAGGCUGCUCCAGGACCAGAUGCAGCAUUCACUGUCAGAUACACAACACAGACUGUCUAUGAAAAUGAAUGAACUGCAUGGUGCUAACAACCAGAUUGAAAAACUGGAGGAGAAAAUAGGGGAGAUGAGUCAGCUGGUCAGCAGGCACAGACAGGACGGCGCAGUUCUUCAGAAGUCCGUCUCGGUUCUGGACAGAGAAAAAGAUGCACUGCAGGACGACGUGGAUCAGAAAACCGAAAGUCUGGUUCAUCUCCAGGAGGAGCUCAAGGAGAAGGAAAAAACCCUUGAAGAUGUCAGACUCACUGUCACAAACCUGGACACUGCACUCAGUCAGCUGCAGGGGGCGCUCAACAGCCGCGAGAGAGAAUUGACAAGUCUCAGGAGGCAGCUCGAUUCUUGCCAGGAGGAUUUGUCCAGACACAGGAGAGACAAAGACGUCACUCUAAGAGAAAACAGACGACUACAAGACGACCUGGCCACGAUGACCAGAGAGAACCAAGCUCUGCAUGCAGAAAUGGAGCAGGUCCUGCAUGAGAAGGACGAACUGAAACGAAAGGUCCAUGCUUACAUUUCAGAAGUAUCAAAGGUGGAACAGCUGAUGGCCACUAAGGAGCAGGAGAACCGCGACCUACUGGAUCGCUUCAGGAUUGCCCAGUGUGAGAUGGAGGAGCGCCAGCAGAAAAUACUGAAGUCUGAAGAUUUCACCAACUCUGUUCGCAUGGAGCUCCACGCCUCAGAUUCGGAACGCAGACUUCUUCGCGAGACUGUGAGCAAGCAGGAGACGGACAUACAGCACCAUGUGGAGGCGCUUCAGGCGUAUGAGACACAAGUGUCGUCGCUGGUCCGUGGAAUGUCGAGGCUGGAGCAGGACCUGGAAAAAGCCAGAGUGGAGAAGACCACUCUGCUCGACGACUUGGCCUCUGUCAGGGAGCUCUGUGUCAAACUGGACUCUGGCAAGGACAUGACCGCACGCCAGCUCACGGCCAAGAGCAUGGAGCUGGAGAGGAUGACAGGAGAACUGGAAGACGUGCGCUCGGAGACAGAGCUGCUGAAGAAGCAGCUGGCCAGUGAAAGGCUGUCUGUGCGGAACCUGGAGACGCUGCUAUCUUCCAAUCGCCAAAAGGAAUUCCAGUCCCACCUGACGGCCGCAGAGAAAGAGUCAGAGUUGAAGUUACUUCAGGACAGACUCGCUUUAGCCAACAGUAAAAUUGCAGAGCAUGAGAGGGACGCGUCCAGCCUGCGAAGCCAAGUCUCCCAGCUUGAGACUGAGAUGGAUGUUAUGAAAAGGCAGCUCAUCAGUGAACGCUUUGAGCGUGAGCGGACAGUUCAGGAAAUGCGAAAACAAGGUGCUUCAAUCUCAUCGUCCUUAAACAUGUCUGCCGACCCCCAAGACGUCUCGGCCAACCAGCCGAACCCACAGCCGCAGGUCCGCUCUAGGGAAAAAUCAUCUGACAAAAGUGUGAGUUUCAUGGAUGAAUGACUAAUGAAAAGUGCUGACGAGGCAAUCCAGUGAGAGGUUCGAGUGCCAAUGUGAGCUGGGAAACAUCAUCCGUGUGUGGGAGUCUUUACUUCACUGAAGUCAUUAGUAGGUUUUACUGCUGAGUCCUAAAUGUUCUUCCUCUUCUGUUAUAUUAAAUUAUUGCUCAAAUAAAGUCAAAAAGAAAUUAAA